ACAGGUCUUAAACAAGAAGACGUGGGUAAAUAUUCACUAUUACUUGUAUUCGACUGUUAUUAUAUGUUCUGCUGGUGGGAUUAACAUUGAAUGAACUACAAAAGUUGACAAAAGGGGAGAAAAUAAGCAUCCACCCGGGCGAAACCAUUCUAUUUAUAGCAUCAGCAGUUGCGAUGUGAAGAUUGUUGCACUGUAAUUUCAUAAGGGUGAGGACUGGAGUGGGACAAUGUUUAAACUUUUCUUUUAUUCUGAAAGGCAGACUCUGUCUUUUCUGAAAGCCUGUUGAAUAUCCUGCACUUUAACAAACAGGAAUGUCGAGGGGAAGUCGAGAUCUUUGCACACUUGAUAAAUCGACCAACCCAUCACUGGUGUAGCUGUUAUUAUGGCUAACAGUGCGGUUCCUGGUGACAAUCUGCCCACAUAUAAGCUGGUGGUAGUGGGAGACGGAGGUGUGGGAAAGAGUGCUCUUACCAUCCAGUUUUUCCAAAAGAUCUUUGUACCUGAUUAUGAUCCUACUAUAGAAGACUCCUACUUGAAACACACAGAGAUCGAUGGCCAGUGGGCUAUUUUGGAUGUUUUGGACACAGCAGGUCAGGAGGAGUUCAGUGCCAUGCGAGAGCAGUACAUGAGGACUGGUGACGGUUUUCUUAUUGUGUUCUCUGUGACAGACAAGGCCAGCUUUGAACACGUUGACCGCUUUCACCAGCUCAUCCUGCGUGUGAAAGACCGAGAGUCUUUCCCUAUGGUUUUGGUGGCUAACAAAGUGGACCUGGUUCAUCUGAGGAAAGUGACAAAUGAACAAGGCUGUGAAAUGGCAGCCAAGCACAAUAUUACGUACAUUGAAACAAGUGCCAAGGAUCCCCCGAUGAAUGUGGAAAGAGCCUUUCAUGAACUAGUCCGAGUUAUCAGACAGCAAGUUCCAGAGCACAGUCUGAAAAAGAAGAAAAAGAUGAAGUGGCGAGGAGACAGAGCCAUGAAUUCACACAAGCUGCACUGUGUGAUUUUGUGACUAGCUCUCCUGUCCAAAUCGGCAUCGUUUGGUGGACUAGAGAUCUGCACUAAUCACUUAUGAAGUGAAAUAUAGUAAGACAGUCUCUUUGAGUCUCAGGGAAGCAUCUAAUGCAAGUCAAAGGAUCAGUAGCAAUCGAUACAACACUCUUAUUGAAGCACUGCCUAAAACAACAGAAAGCCAAUCAGAACAUGCUUGAUGUUUAAUAUACAAUUAAUGGACCAAUGAUAUUGCACUGUGGAUGGAGCUACCCAUAUGGACAUAUCCAAAACAAUACAGCCUAGCAGGCACAGGACGUACACAUGACAUCAGAUUGAUGAUGUACAUCAAAGUCGUGGGGAUGUUGCAUUUUGUUUGGAAAUUAAAUUCGGGUUGAUGUCAAAAACCAAUGUCAAGCCAACAACAAUGUCCAGCGUCCAACCUAAAAUCAACCAAAUAUCAACUUCUAAUGAUGUUACAGCUUGACCUUACCACCAUCACAUCCUUCAGACGUUGGGUUUUAUUUGCCAUACCUAAGGAAUAAAUGUCAGUAUUUGACGUCAAUAUGAUGUUGGACGUUGGACAUUUUCAACACACCCUAAAAUCAACCAAAUAUCAACAUCACUUGAUGAUGUUAUUGGACACCAAAAUAACUUUGUCCAUAGACGCUGGCUAGACAUUGUAUUUUGGUCACCUGACAUCACAACCAAAACGUAAUAUGAAUGAACGCCUUAUGACCUUGUGUGACUGCUGGGAGUGUACCACAGUGAUUUCUGCACUUACAUCAAUGUUCAUAUAAUUAUAUGUAGAAUCAUUUUGCAGAGCUGUCUGAAAAUGUUAUUUUUAGAAGCAACUAGCUACAACAACAAAUAUAUAUUGGUAAUGUUGUUUAGCUUUCAAGGAGGAGUCAAAUUUGCCUUACAAAUGCAUAUUUAGUGGCAUGUUUGAGGGAAUAUGGAGCUUUGUUAAAAAGUGUCAUUGAGUGUUGAGAAAUCUCCUCAAUCUCGCCUUUACUGUUAAGAAUAAAAAGUACUGAUAUGAAUGAAGGGUCGAUUGCACUAGCAGACAAAUGCAAGUCUUUUUGCACUUUCAAUAUUUACUCAUGGGCCUUUGCGGUUUAAUAUUGCCUUAUAUUUCUAAAUAUAUUUUUUUACUUUUGUUGUACUGUUAUAAGUGCUCUAAGCCCUUGUCAUUGUUAUUAUUAUAUCAGACAGAAAUGUCUCUAUUACCUGACAGAUAUCACUAAAACAGGUCCUGAAAAAAAA